AUUGCAUAGCAAAAAGCUAUAAUAUUUUGGCGAUGAUUUACUAAUCUUUAUCCCAUUCAAUUAAUUUUUUUAUGCCUUAUAAAUAUUCCAAAACAACUUAUUAAAUAUGUAUUAUGGUAGUAGCAAUUCGGAUGAAUCAAGGGUUAUCGAGUGGAUUAACAAUGCAUCAAUAUCGGUUAAUACAGCAGAAAAAAUUGAAUUACUACAUAAAAUUCAAGAAGUUGUCAUUAACAAGUCACCAAAUUUAUUAUUACGAUUAUUGUCAGAUAUUCUAACAUUUACAACAGAUCGAGAUGCUGAAGCUCGAAAAUGGCUUGUGGGAUUUAUGGAAGAAGCUUGUAAAAAAAAUCAUCAAGCAAUCGAAACAAUCAUGCCUAAUCUACAUAUGUUAUUGUGUGAUGAAUCUUCCGUACAAGUUCAAAAACGUGUUAUACAAGCUGCAAAAUCAAUUUUUAAAAAUAUGCUAAUUUGGCUAUCAAAAGAUUCUCAAAUCACUGAAUCGAUGGAGCAAGCAUGGAAUCAAUUUAGUUCUAUUAAGUUGGAAAUAUUAAACAUGAUUGAUAGUGAUAAUGAUGGAAUUCGUACGAAUUCAGUAAAAUUUCUUGAGUCGGUUGUACUCAUUCAAACUUAUCCCGAACAAGGGGCUACACGAAACGAGAGUGAUUUUUCAUUAGAAGACAUUCCAUUAACAUUAAAAUUUGCCCGUCGGAGAAAAUUAGAAGAGGAAGCUAAUCACAUAUUCACUCUACUCAUAAAAUUCCAUGGAUCGGCUCACAUAAGCAGUGUAAAUUUAAUGGCAUGUAUGGGUGCGGUAUGUAGAAUAGCAAAAGCACGUCCUGAAUUUAUGCCACGAGUAGUGAUUGCCCUGGAACAAUUACUUUCAAAUUUACCACCAACGUUAACACCAUCUCAAGUGAGCUCAGUGAAGAAACAUAUGAAGUUACAAUUGAUAAACAUUUUAAAACAUCCUAGUUCAUAUGAAUUACAACAUACAAUUAUUGCAACAUUAAACGAACUGGGUGUUAGCGCUCAAGAAAUAAAUCGUGCUUUACCAAAAUUAGAUGAACAUCAACGUAAAAAAUAUGCUAAACGUAACAUUGAAACCAUAACCAAUCAACAAUCACCGUCAGUACCUUUAGCAAAACGUCCUCGUUUAGAAAUGACACCUGAAUCACGUGAAAUAAUUAUUGAAGAUACAGAAAAACCAAAAGAGAUGGCAUUGAAAAUGAAUGAACAAUUUAUUUUUGAUAAUUUAAACAAUGAGACUGUCACCCAAAUUGUUAUGAAAACAAUGCAUUCAUUACCAAAUGUAAUGCCAUCACAUUUUAGCUCGAAUUAUACACCAGUUGCAAAUCCUGGAACAUCAUCACAACUGCGAAAAUUAGCUAAAUUAUUAGCUGUACAAUUUACUGAAGCUGGUGUUGGGCCAGGAUGUAGUAAUAGUAAUACGGCGGCGACUGUUACUGCUUCGGUUACAGUAAACGACAAUCGAAUGGAUGAAGAAAUAGUUAAAGAAAUUAAGAAAGAAGUAAUUGAUCCUGAAGAAGAAAAAGCGAUGAAUAAAGGUAAAGAUGAAGAAAAAGCAAUUCGAAAGCCACGUAUAAAAACAUUACGAUUAGAUCAAAUAACGAAACCAUUGACAUUAGAUACACGACAAUAUUUAUUAGAAACAUCCGUUAAAAGAAUAUUACGUGCUGAACAAGCUGCAAUUAAAUCGGGUGCAUCUGUUUUACGUAAUAAAAUAAUUACAACUUUAGCUAGUACAUUUGGUCCAUCUGUACGUGAAACAGUUUUAGCAUUCAUUCUAGAAGAUCUAAAAGCACAUAUUGACAUAGCAUUAGCUUGGUUAUAUGAAGAAUAUAGCUAUAUGCAAGGAUUCAGUCGUAUGACAAACGUUUUGAGGCGUGAUGGCAAACCAAAUCAAAGUUACAACGAUUUAUUAUGUGCUAUAUUAACAAAUUUAGAAGGUGAAAUUAAAGAUCGUGAUUUACUAUUAUCACGAAUUGUUUUAGAAGCACCGCUAAUAACUGAAGAAGCUGUUGAUAUAUUAAAAAGAGUAUGUAUUCAAGAGAAUCGUGCAAGUGCUAUCAUGGCACUAUUAUACGAUUUAAUAUCGCGACGUCCGACAAAAGCAAUUAUAUUCGUUCACGUUUUAUUACAUCAUACAUCUCACGAGAAUACAAUUGUCCGUGAAGAGGCUACUACACGUGUUCUACAAUUAUAUAAGCGUUCUGGUAAAGAAUUUCAAAGUGUUAUCGAAGAGCAAGCAAUUGUUUAUUUAGAUUUCCUGACACAAUCACAACCUCCACCAAUUUUAUUCGGUGAAGAUGUUGGACGUCCAAAAAUUAUUGACAAUUGGAACGAUGAAACAUGUAAAGCAUGUCUUUAUCUUUAUUUAGCACUUUUACCAAUCAAGGAAACCUUAAUUCAUGAAUUAUCGCGAAUAUAUACACAAACCACAGCGGAUACAAAACGUAUUAUAUUACGUUUACUCGAACAACCUGUGCGGGGUAUGGGAAUGGAUUCCCCUGAAUUAUUAACACUCGUUGAAAGUUGUCCAAAAGGUGCUGAAACGUUAGUGACUCGUGUUAUACAUAUAUUAACUGAUCGUGGACCGCCUAGUGCAGUACUUGUAUCAAAAGUACGGGAAUUAUAUCAAACACGAGUGUCAGAUGUACGCUUUUUAAUACCGGUGUUAAAUGGUUUAACGAAAAGAGAAAUUAUUGGGGCAUUACCGAAAUUGAUUAAAUUGAAUCCAGUGGUGGUGAAAGAAGUUUUUAAUCGUUUAUUAGCUGGUCAUUCUGAUGGUCCUAUUACACCUGCUGAAUUAUUAAUUGCAUUACACUCAAUUGAUCAAUCAAAAGCUGAUUUAAAAACGGUCAUGAAAGCAACUUCAUUAUGCUUUGCUGAGAAACAUAUUUAUACACAAGAAGUUUUGGCUGUAGUCAUGCAACAGUUAAUGGAUGUAACACCGUUACCUACGCUUUUAAUGCGAACUGUAAUACAAUCACUAUCGUUAUAUCCACGUCUCUCUGGGUUCGUUAUGAAUAUAUUGCAACGAUUGAUAUUAAAACAAGUAUGGAAACAAAAGGUAGUAUGGGAAGGUUUUAUUAAAUGUUGUCAGCGUACAAAACCACAAAGUUUUCAAGUUUUAUUACAAUUACCAACAGCACAAUUAGCUGAAGCGUUGUCAAUAUGUCCCGAUUUACAGAAACCAUUGUCAGAACAUGUGAAAUCAUUCACUGAAUCACAACGGGCACAUUUACCAGCAUCUAUUAUGGAUGUUCUAAGUGGAAAAAUAGCAGCAACUCCUGCUGUCUCUGAAGUUGUUACCCCAAAAAUUGAGUCUGCAAAUGAUGUUUUACCGAAUGAGCCAUUGCCGCCUGGUAUGGAUUAAAAAUAAUUUCAAAAUAGGACUGUUUUGUGAAACUACGAAACUUCAACUUUCAAGUCAAGCACGUCAUGGAAAGGUAUAAAAUCUUGUAUACUAUGAAAAAUUGUCAAAUUCGUUAGAGGGAGCUUGAAGAAGGCGAUAGUUUGCGGUCUUCUUUCAUCUUCAUGGAAAAGAAUAAGAGCAAUACUUUAGUAAAUGUAAUUUAUAAAAUCCAUUGUGUUUAUUUUCUCGUUAAUUCUUUGUACCACAUCGCUGAUUUUUCUUGGCCACCGAAUUGCAUCUAAUUAUUACUCGGAUAACCUAGAUGCUUAAUUAUCUAUUCCCGGAAAAUCAAACGUCCUUAUUUGUCCUUUUAUUUUCGAAUUAAUUUUUAAAAACACGUAGAUAGCUCAACUAAGGGGCCAUCCAUAAAUUACGUUACAUCAAUUUUACGAUUUUGAAUCCCUCUUUCUCCCUUGCCACAGAUGGUCACAUUUUUUAAGCUCCUCCUAAAUUCUUAAUAAAAAUCUUUAAUAAAAUCAAGAUUAAAUCAAAUAAUUUAAAUAAUAGACAGAACAAAAGAUUAAUUAAGUUAAGACAAACGAAUGAUUACGUUAAUAAAAUAUUUAUGUCAAAAAUAUCCGUAGUAUCAACAUCUUUUCUUCCAUCCACAUAGCGUUAUCAUCAUUCGAAUUUUUCGGGCACGUCUAACCUUUUCUUGUUUAAAAAAAUUUAUAGUAUGGGAAAAUUUAGAAAGGGAGUAUAAUAAUAACUUGGUUUUUAUGAAUUAGUUUUUUUUCUUUUUACAUAUAAAUUUUGCGUUCAUAUUUUAAAUUUUAAUAUGUGAAGUCACAAAAUUUUCGACUCCUCUUACUCUUUAUGACACAUUGCCACAUUUUGAUGGCCCCUCCAACCUCCCUUGACGUCCGACGUAAUUAAUGGAUGGUCUCUAAUCUAGAAUGUGUAAAAAAUGUUGUCUUAUGCUCAUUUAAAUCUUUGCAUUUCGCAAUUUUUAAUAGUUUACUUUCUUAUUAUUCUUUCUUCUAAGUUUCGUUUAUUCUCGGGUUUUUUCAAAUUAUUUUUCUGUAUUUUACUAUUUUACAUAUAAAGUGUAAUUUCAAUCUAAACAAUUGCAAUUUUCAUUUGAUAAUUUUCAAGUUUAUGAGUUAAAUAUUUCCAAGAAUAUUGAUUAAGCCUUGGAGGCGUUAGAAAUUUAAGUAAAUAGUAUUGGGCAUACAAUCUUAAAAUCAAUGAUCAUACUUAGAUGUAAAUUUAUACAAGAUGUCACAGCAAUAAGGCACAUCCUUGUUGCAUCAGGUAGAAAAUAAAAUUCUAAGGUGAAAAGUCAUCUUCCAUUUGUUGAUUCUAUGGAGGGGCGGGUGGCGAGGGGCGGGUGGCUCCCUACAAAUUCACACACUUGCACACGUACUCAUACGUAUACGCCAUCGUAACGUUGACGCUCUCGCAGUUUCUUACCACUCCCUCCUACUAAUUAUUCGUGAAUCGGAUCCAAAAAUGGAAAAUGACUUUUCGUCUUAGAAUUUUAUUUUCUAUCUGAUGGCUGUUACUUCUGGGACAUCCUGUAUAUCUAUCCUUCACUCUCUUUACAAAUAAAUAUAUUUCUCUAUUUAACUUAUUGUUGAAUACUAAAUUAAAGUAUGACAUUGUGUUUCUAACUCUUCCAUGGUUAGCUUUAACCCGGCGUCAUUGUGACAAUCAAACAGAACAUAGCCUUGUAGUCGGGUAUACGAGUAUUUUAUUAGUUUUCUAUAUUAGGGAAAUAGGUAGUUAAAUAAAAUGGGCAUAUUAUCAUCAAAAAUGUAAAAAAGUUAACUGUAUAUAAUAUAAAUAAAUAUUACAUGGCCAUUGUAGCCGAGUAUAACUAACCUGCUCGCUCUUCAAAGACGUGAGACCUGCAAACUCCACUACUAAAUAUAAUAGCUAAUACUUUCGUAAAAUCGUGAAAGUUAUGCAAUUCAUUAUUUAAAAAAAAAAAUUAAUAAAUAAAUACGUUGUAUUUAUAAAUGUUACGUGGCUAUUGUGGCCGGGUAUAACUCAUCCGCGUGCUCUUCGCAUACAUGCAAACUUUACCGUAGCCGCAGCGACAUUAAAUAGAAUAGCUUAAUACGCUCAAAGAGGUCAAGGGUCGCAGUUACUGUGAGCGUCAAAUAACGCAAAAUAAUUAUUAGGGUUUUAAAAACCGUCGCGUCGGGUAUUUGACACCCGAGAACAGUGACGCCAGGUUAAUGGUAAAAAAUUUAAAAAAUCAUUGCUCUAUCAAAUAAAUAAAAAUGAAACGGUUAAAUUAAACAAUUCAAAUAAACAACAAUGUUUUCACAUAUAUAGAGAUUUUGUUUAAAAUUAUAAUUUGUAAUUUAGAAAUAUAAAUAUA